UCAGUUUUCUGUGUUGCAGUGACACUUUGAUAAACGGUGUGCAGUUGCCGGCAAUCGUGUUGAAUAGUUGAUUAUAUCGAAACGUUUAAUUUGUUGGAAAUAGGAGCUCACUGUCGAAGUUGAAUAAGCAGGCGCCAUGAAAUAAUAGUAACGUUAUGUGGACAUUGUCAAAUGAGUUUGGGUUAAGUCUUAUUUAGUAAUUGUAUAGCAAAUUACUCUUAAGAAUUGCAAAUAUUGUGCUGUCAUGGAAAAUAAGGAAAGUGAGAUUGUGCUGCUUAUUUUACUUGGUUUGCCAGCUAGUGGCAAAACAACAUUAUCAAAAGUGUUGAUGAAGUUGAGUGGCGACGUUAAUGUUUCUGGAUCCGUGGGUGAAAAAAAUCACAGUAUAAUUCAUAUUUGUUAUGAUGCAUUAGUGCCACUACUUUCGCUUGAACAAACUAAGUGGAGUGAAACUCGUAAGAAGGUUGUUUUCGUAGUUGAAAAUAUUAUUUGCCUCCUGAAAACACAGAACUAUUCAGAACUAGACGACUACUUGCAGUGUAUGCAAAUAGAGAAGACCAAAAGGCACAUUUCACAAGCUACAAAUGAAACUACAAUGGUCCUCAUAGAUGACAAUAUGUAUUACAGUAGUAUGCGGUAUGAAUAUUUUAAAAUGGCAAGAAAAUAUACAAUAAGUUUUGCAGAAAUCUGUUUACACUGUUCAGCAGAGGUGGCUUGUAGUCGCAACUCGCAGAGAUCAGAUGAUCGUGUGGCACAAGAUACUAUUAUUAGAAUGGCAGGAAAACUGUGCUGCCCCAGUAAGAAAAAUUCGUGGGAGAAAUGGUUCUGUUGUCUCUCUUCAGAAUCGCCAUUUGAUAAGAGAGAUGCACAAGCUGCAUUCCGGGUUAUAGAGGAUAGCCUUAAGGAACCAGUUUUACCUGUGAAUAAUGAAGAUGAUGAGAAUGCACAUAAAAAAUGUGCUCCUAAUCUCAUUCAUGAAGCUGAUAUUGCUCUGCGGAAAGUUAUAGGUAGUAAAAUAAAGCAACUAUCUGCAAGCACUGCUACUGGUAAAAAUAAGCAAUCCUUAAUUUUAAAGAAACAGUUACUCCUACAAGAAUUGAAAAGUGGUGUUCUGGAGGUGCCAGAAGCCAUAUAUAAAAUGUUUGAUACCAGAAGUGAUGAACUGCAGGAAGAAUUACAACAGUGGUGGCUAACUUUUUUUUUAUGAGGAGUGUUUAGGUCCAAUACAGUAAAUGCAACUGUGAGAACUGGCAGAAAGCACUGGAAACACAGGUUCAUCACUUCGAGAAGCAGUUAUUGGGGUAGUGAUACAUAUAUGCCAAACACUACCGCAUCAAGCGUGUCUGUCUGCUCUGAAAAGCAAUUUCUUUUAUUGCAGAGAAUUGAAGGUGAAUCUAUCCACUGUUGUGAAGAAGAAUGUUGACUUAAGUGCCAGCAUUGGAACUGGAAUUGUAAAAUGGUGGAAAUGGUAGAGGAGAAAUGCUUUUGGAUUAUAUGGGGAUAUAUAAACCAUUGGAAGUGUUUGACAGAUGCAUACACAAACACAGAUGUAACAAAUGAUAAAAAUUCCAUCUAAGUAUCGAAGAAUGGGUAGCAAUUGCUGGUUUUGCUGUGACUAGCCAACAAGCUGGGCUUCGAUCAGGGGCGAAAACUUGUAUAUACUGCAAUGACCUUUAAGACAAACUAGACUGUGACAAUGGAACAUUACAUUAAAAAACAAAUGACCAUUGAAGAAAUUCC